CAGUAUCAUAUCAACUCAAUUCCUUGAACAGAUUCAAGAGGAGUUACUCCGUAUGACAGCUUAUAAAUCACCACGUGAAAAGCUAAUGUGUAUAAAAAAAUCUUUUAAAUUACUCUUUCAACUAUUAUCAAAAACAUCAGAAAUCAUUGGUGCAGACCUAUUAUUACCCAUUGUUAUAUAUUGUUUAAUUAAAUCAAAUUUACCAUUUUUAAUAUUAAAUUUGCAAUUUAUAUCCUUGUUUAGAGACCCAACACUUAUAGAAAGUGAAACAAGUUAUUUUCUAGUUACAAUGUUUACAGCAACAUCAUUUAUUGAAAAUAUGACCUUUGAGUCAUUAACUGAUGCACGUGACCCAAGUUUAUCGGAAGAUGAUAAGGUUAAGGAUAACGAUGAGCAUUUGGUUAGUGCAAAGGAUGGUGAAAUCAAAAUAUCAGAAAAAAAUAAUGGUAAUGUUAAUAAUAUUCAACAGCACGAAGCCAUCAAAUUAAAUAUCGAGAAGGAGAACUUUGUAAAUGAAAAUGAUAAAUCAAAAACAACAUUUGUUCCUCAAUCGACAAUAUCAUCAACAACAGAUGAGGAAAAAAGAAAACUAUAUAGGUUCUAUCAUUCAAAACCAGAAGAUAUUUCAAUUAGAGAAAUCAAACAGCUUUUGGGGGAAUAUAAUGAAUUGGUAGAUAAAUUAUUCUCAACUGAAAAAAAAUAAAAUUACAUUGUAUUUUAGUU